AUGCCUCGAAUUUUGACGGUAGUGUCUGAUGAAAGCGAGUCACUGGAGAGAUUCGUAGGUAGGGAACGCGAAGCAGUGCAGUUGAAGAGCCGGAGGCCAAGGACUCAGGUUGCCACUACUAGCGUGUCAGUGGCGUUACAUCCUUCCAUAUCCGUAACAAGGGGGAACAGGGGAGUAGGGGCCCCCCCCCCCCCCCCUUUCAUAGGCUAUAUAUACGGGCCUUAUGCCUCUUCAAAUCAACACAGAACUGCUUCUUCACAACCUGAGACAAGGGCUGAUACGACCGGGGAGCUGGAAGCAGAUCGGGGUGUGCACGCCCUCGACGCACUCAGUGGCCAUGCCGCUAUUUUCAGAGACGAGACAGCCGGAAGCAACUUGGACCGAGAACAUUUGAAUAUGAUUGAUAAUCGAGCAUCUCGCCAUUACCAUACCACGUUACCGCGAAGAGAGGGAGAUACGGUGCCAACCAGUUCUUCUUUCCAGUACGACCGCGCGCAUGAGCAUAUCAUCGAGACUCGGACUGGCGAUGUGACACCACCACCGCCUAGACCUAAACGAACGUAUCGAAUGUCCCGACAUAGGCGGGUCAAGAAAGGGUCGUUAAGGACGGGGGUGUCUGAGUCCCCUUUCGACCAGCCAAACUCGACAAAUUACUCGAGAAUAUCAGAACCGCUUUAGCGGGAAUCUCGACGAUCACGCGCAAGCCGAAUCGAUUAGCUCAGAUGAGCUUAGUAACGAGAGUGAAGCAUCUUUAACGUAGUCGGCAAGCUAGUGGGCCAUGCAAGCUAGUGGGCCACCCAAUUUUUGGUGCGAUUUAGACCUUUUAGCACCCCAGCAAUCUCAACAACUACGAGAUAUAAAGUAUAGCUUUAAGAUUGCAUAUACUAUCUAGCUCAUUUUAAUAGCUAAGAGAAUGUUUGGAGCAGUAUAGCAGCGUAAUCCUAUUAUAUUGUAGGUAUUACUUGAUUUUAGGGGCCAAAACUAGGCAAUAUUUUACUGCGGCUAAACAGGGCUAUUAAGAGAUCUAAAAAAUUAACAGAUGAUAUUAAAAUAACCACGGAUAUCAUUAUCC